AUGGUAAAAGACAAGGACCAGAAGACAGUGGUAGUAAUAAAUGUAGUGGAGCCAAGUGACAGCAACAUCAGGAAGAAUGAAUAUGAGAAACUGCAGAAGUACCAGGGCUUGAAGGAAGAACUAGAGAGGAUGUGGAAAGUAGAGGCCAAAGUGGUCCUAGUGAAUUUUUAUAAAUCUGAAAUUAAUAAGGAGGAAAUGUAUAUUCGUUACAUACACAAGUUAUGUGACAUGCAUCUGCAGGCUGAAAAUUACACAGAGGCUGCUUUUACAUUGCUUUUGUAUUGUGAGCUACUACAAUGGGAGGACAGGCCUCUUCGGGAAUUCCUCCACUAUCCAUCUCAGACAGAGUGGCAACGUAAAGAAAAUCUUUGUCGGAAGAUUAUCCAUUAUUUUAAUAAAGGCAAGAGCUGGGAAUUUGGAAUCCCGUUAUGCAGAGAGCUGGCUACUCAGUAUGAAACAUUAUAUGAUUAUCAAAGUCUCAGCUGGAUUCGGAAAAUGGAAGCUAACUAUUAUGACAAUAUAAUGGAACAGCAACGGUUGGAACCUGAAUUUUUCAGAGUUGGCUUUUAUGGAAGAAAAUUUCCUUUCUUCCUCCGUAAUAAAGAGUAUGUUUGCCGAGGCCAUGACUAUGAGAGGUUAGAGACCUUCCAACAAAGAAUGCUUAGUGAAUUUCCACAAGCCAUUGCAAUGCAACAUCCAAAUCACCCAGAUGACAGCAUAUUGCAGUGUGAUGCCCAGUACUUGCAAAUCUAUGCAGUGACUCCAAUUCCUGACAAUAUUGAUGUACUACAUAUGGAUCGUGUCCCUGAUCGCAUAAAGAGCUUCUAUCGAGUUAACAACAUCAGGAAAUUCCGCUAUGAUAGGCCUUUUCACAAGGGCCCCAAAGACAAGGAAAAUGAAUUUAAGAGCUUGUGGAUUGAACGUACCACUCUAACCCUGACUCACGGUUUACCUGGAAUCUCUCGGUGGUUUGAAGUGGAAAGACGAGAAUUGGUUGAAGUAAGCCCACUAGAAAAUGCCAUUCAAGUAGUAGAGAACAAAAAUCAGGAGCUAAGGACACUGAUAAGCCAGUACCAACACAAACAAAUGCAUGGGAACAUUAAUCUACUCAGUAUGUGCCUGAAUGGAGUUAUUGACGCUGCUGUGAAUGGUGGUAUAGCCCGUUAUCAGGAGGCAUUUUUUGAUAGGGAUUAUAUCUCCUCUCAUCCUGGAGAUGCAGAAAAAAUCACACAGUUGAAAGAAUUGAUGCAUGAACAGGUACAUAUCCUAGGAAUAGGUCUGGCAGUACAUGAGAAGUUUGUACAUCCCGAGAUGCGUCCACUCCAUAAGAAAUUAAUUGACCAAUUUCAAAUGAUGCGAUCUAGUUUGUACCAUGAGUUACCCACUCUGGAAAAAUUGAGUCCAGCCUGCUCAGGAACAAGCACACCACGCAGCAAUAUGCUUGUAUCACACAGUCCAAUGAGUCCAGAGAGCAUCAAAGUGAUGCAUCGCCACAGCCCAUUGAAUAUGCUGGGUACAGUCCGACACUCGUCAUCUUCCCUUUCUUCCCAUACAUCAAGUGAAACAGGAAAUAUGGUUAUAUUAACAGACAGUUCUGUUGGAGAAAAUGCAGAGGAUGUGUACCACAUGCAGGCCAGUCCUUCCACCUCAAGCUUGAGCUCUACCCAUUCUGCGCCAUCUCAAAUGAUCAACUCUGCACCUGCUAGUGCAAGAGUGCUGAAGGGUGCUGGAUUGACAACUCUGGAGGCUGAAGCCCUCUAUUUAUCCACAGAACAGAUACAGCCUGGGCGGCAGCAGUGCAAGCUUUCCCACACUGCCCCCACCAAUGUGCCUCAUCUCUGUCCUGGAGGGACCACCUCUAGAGGCUCUCCCUCUCUACCAGAUAAAUACCGUCAUCAUCGAGAAUUGAUGAUGCUACUACCAGCACACCGGGAUCGGCCUAGCAGUGCUAUGUAUCCUGCAGCUAUCAUGGAAAAUGGACAGCAUCCAAAUUUCCAGAGAGCCUUAUUCCAGCAGGUAAUCGGGCCGUGCAAACCCUGCAGUGAUCCUAAUCUAUCUGUUGCUGAAAAAGCUGUUUCAGCAGCACCGAGCAGCUGGAGUCUGGACAGCGGAACCAGAGAGGCCCGGCCAUUCCUGUCUGCUCAUGUUGGGAGCAUCCUGGUCCCACCAGUGCCUCCCCGAAGUUUGACCCAUGGUCACUAUUUACUACACUUUGAUGCCUUCCACCAUCAUCUUAAUGACGCUCCCCCAGCGCUGCCUGCACGAACAUUGCGCAAGUCUCCUCUUCACCCGAUACCUGCAUCCCCCACAAGUCCCCAGUCUGGCCUGGAUGGAAGCAAUUCCACUCUUUCUGGUAGCGCUAGCAGUGGUGUUUCCUCACUAAGUGAAAGUAAUUUUGGCCAUUCGUCUGAGCCCCCUCCUCGAACAGACACCAUGGAUUCUGUCCCUAGCCAGACGUGGAACACUGACGAAGACUUAGAGACGCCCUAUCUGCCUGUCAGGUACAGUCUCUCAGAACCUGAUGUUUUAGAAACUCUCAAAACCCAGCCAUGCCGAAGCCACUCCGCUCCAUCUGGAGUCAUUCCUCAGGACACUAUGGACCCUCCAGCUCUACCCCCGAAACCGUAUCAUUCCCGUCACCCAAACUUGGAUAAAGAAGAGGGAAUGAUUCUGGAAGAGGAUGAAAAAUAUCGAGCGCUGCAUCGCAAAAUUGCCCAACCAGCUACUUGUGCAAAAGAGGAGCAAGCAAGGGUGGCAUGGGAGCAUGGCAUCAGCGAGCAGUAG